AUGGGAUUCCACCCUUUUUCUGGUUUGUACAGUUUUGUAGACCACAAGGCCAUGGAGAAGGUGUUGCACUUGCAGACAUAUAUACCAUCCAUGAUGCAAUGGUUGAAAUCCAAAACUGGUCUUGACGACAGGGAUUCCAAAAGGAUUCCAAAGUUUGGCAAGUUCAGAGUUUUCCUAGAGAAUAACCAUGCCGGCGAGCUUUGGAAUAACAGGAUUGUUGAUCCAGGAAGUGACAUCUCCCUGCAAUGGAACAAGGUUUUCCUCAUCUCGUGCCUGGUCGCUCUCUUCGUCGAUCCAUUGUUUUUCUACCUCCCGACCAUAGUCCAAGCUGAAGGUUCAACAUGUAUGGCGAUCGACUUGAAGCUGGGAAUCACAGUGACAUGUUUCAGAACUAUUGCAGAUGUGUUCUAUUUGAUGCAUAUAGUUUUCAAGUUCAGGACGGCUUAUGUGGCUCCAAGUUCGAGAGUUUUUGGCAGAGGGGAUCUGGUAGUGGAUCCCGAGUUGAUUGCCCGGCGAUAUUUAAGAACCGAUUUCUUUGUUGAUUUUAUUGCAGCAUUGCCUCUCCCUCAGAUUAUGAUAUGGUUUAUAAUUCCAUUGAUCAAGACGGCGCAGUCUGAUUACACCAACAAUGCCCUUGUACUUGUUGUUCUGCUGCAGUACAUUCCCAGAUUUUAUCUGAUAUUCCCAUUGAGUUCAGAGAUAGCUAAAGCAAAUGGAGUAGUGACGAAAACUGCCUGGGCUGGUGCUGCUUACAACCUCGUGUUAUACAUGCUGGCCAGUCAUGUGACGGGUUCUGCUUGGUAUCUGUGUUCGAUCGAGCGCUAUGCAACAUGCUGGAAAUACCUGUGCGAACAAGACAUUGAAACUCAAACACGAUGCCAGUCUUCUUACUUGGUUUGUAACAAUCUAGAAAAGCCUGACAGAAAAGCAUGGGCAGGGACUACCAGAGUGUUUAGCAAAUGUGAUCCCAACAACGCUUCCGACCCAAACGUAUUCGAUUAUGGAAUGUUCUCAAACGCUUUAUCAAAGCAGGUUGCUUCUGCUACCUUCACCGAGAAGUACUUGUAUUGCCUCUGGUGGGGGCUGCAGAACUUGAGUUCCUAUGCACAGAGCACAAACACAACCACAUUCGUCGGAGAAACUUUGUUUGCCAUCGUGUUGGCCGUCAUGGGUCUGGUUCUUUUUGCUCAUUUGAUUGGAAACAUGCAGACGUACUUGCAAUCCCUCACUGCUAGACUUGAAGAAUGGCGCCUCAAGAGAAGGGACACCGAAGAGUGGAUGAGCCAUCGCCAACUUCCUCAAAACCUGCGAGGGCGUGUGAGGAGAUAUGUUCAGUACAAAUGGCUAGCAACUCAUGGCGUCGAUGAAGACGCAAUCUUGCACCAACUACCUGCUGAUCUUCGUCGAGACAUUCAACGACACCUAUGUUUGGACCUUGUUCGUCGUGUUCCUUUCUUCUCACAAAUGGAUGAUCAGCUCCUAGACGCAAUCUGCGAACGCUUGGUCUCGUCAUUGAUCACUCAGGGCACCUACGUUGUCCGCGAAGGCGAUCCAGUAACCGAGAUGCUGUUCAUAAUCCGAGGCAGGCUAGAGAGCUCCACAACAGAUGGUGGGAGGUCAGGUUUCUUCAAUUCAAUCGCUCUCAGACCGGGCGACUUCUGUGGGGAAGAAACCCUUGCUUGGGCAUUAGUCCCCAACUCAAAUGCCAAUUUGCCAUCUUCCACAAGAACAGUCACAGCACUGGAAGAAGUAGAAGCAUUCGCAUUACGCGCAGAAGACCUCAAAUUCGUGGCAAACCAAUUCAGACGACUCCACAGCAAGAAACUACAGCACACAUUCCGGUUCUACUCGCACCAAUGGCGGACAUGGGCUGCAUCGUUCAUUCAAUCCGCUUGGCACCGCUUCAAGAGGCGGAAGAUGGCACACAAUCUUAGCAUAUCAGAGUCAUUGUCUAGCUUACCUCUUCUGGAGCACGAUGAAACUGAAACAACAGCAGCAGCAGCAGCAGCAAAAGAAGAAGAGAUUCCUUCAGAGCCAGAACAGAGCGUGGCUGUCAAGAGACUGGCUUUGCGAUUUGUGGCGAACACCAGAAGGGGGAAUCUUAGGAUGAAAGAUGUGGAAAUGCCUAAGUUGGUUAAGCCUCAAGAGCCAGAUUUCUCCAGAGAGGGAAGAGAUGAGGAAGGGAGCUUAUUUUGA